AUGGCUUCUCCGACGACACGUUAUUUAAUAUUCUUCCAGUACAUUGGGACUAAAUAUAGUGCGGAUUUCGUGUUCAGCAUGUGUAUAGACCAGCGUGGCUGUUGUUUUCAGACAACGUUUUUUCUUUGUUUCGUUUUCAGUGGCGUGAAAGCAGUCCCCCCUGACCAGGCGGUGCUCGGGGUGCAGAACUACAUGGAGAAAGCAGCAGAGAAGCUCCUACCCGUCACUCCAAUCAAAUUCGUAGUCUCCAGCCGGACGGACUCAGGGGUGCAUGCUUUAUGUAACACUGCCCACAUUGAUAUAGAGAGGAAACCGGGGAGCCCUCCUUUCUCUGAAACCAUCCUCGUCAAGUCUCUUAACUGCUUCCUCCAGCCUGAGCCAAUCCGUGUCCUGGGUGCCUGCCGUGUUCCCGACACCUUCCACGCCCGCUUCUCGGCCCUGUCAAGGACCUAUGUCUAUCGGGUGGCAACAGGCUGUUCCUAUGCAUACGAGAUGCCCAUUUUCGAACAGAAACGGUGCUGGGCGACAUGUAGAGGCCACUUGAAUUUCUCGGCCAUGCAGGAGGCAGCGACGUUCCUGCAGGGCACCCACGACUUCAGCACCUUCCGCUCGGCCAGCAAGGAACUGCCUGUGAGAAGCCCUGUCAGGACCCUGAUGCGGGCAGAGGUCAGACCCUCUUCCGGUUUCCUCUUGCAUCACAGCCAGGACAGCGAGCUGAGGUUUUGGGAGCUGGAGUUCCAAGGCCGGUCAUUUCUCUACAAGCAGGUGCGGCGAAUGGCCGGAGUACUGGUGGCCGUGGGCCAGAACUGGCUGAAGCCCCACCAUGUGAAGAGUCUCCUAGAGGCCAGGGACCUGAUGGCUUACCCCAAGAACGCCAUUGCGCCAGCACACGGGCUCUUCCUCAAGGAAGUAGAGUACUGCGAAGCGGAUUUGGAGAUGGGAACGACAGAGACAGAAGAACAGUCCGGGUUGAUGUAUCAUGGACCCCAGGAAGACUGCUAG